CCACUGCUUCUGCCAGCUCUGGGACAGUCUGCUUUAAAUUCAGCCCCCACAAACCCAGGGGGUGUGUGUGUACAGUGUCAUAAGGGCAGACCCCUAGUGUUGACCCUUACCCUCCUGUCUCAGAGCCCCUCUCCCACCCCUGGCCAGCAUGAUGUGGGUGGGGUUGAGUCUGCCUGGGCACACCUGUCCCCAACCCUGAGCCUGCAUGUAGAAGGUGCUCACCAAAGGCUUGCUGACCCCUCUCCCUCUGAGCACCUCCAUGCUGGCUCCUCCUUUUGCCCAGACCUGGACAGGUGGGGUGGGGUGUGGGCGGGGCACUGGUGGGUUAAAAGCCAGCAGCUGGGGGCUCUCAAUUGUUCUGUCCCUUUCGAAGCCCAGGCUGCUGCAGCAUGGCUACCACCAGUCCUGUAAGUCCACCACCCAUGUCUCCUGCAGCAGGGAGGGGACUCCCUGGCCCCCGCCUGCCCCAACUCCUUUCUUUGGUCAGACUGGAGAGGCUAAGGGUGAAGUCCUGAAGUGGAAGAAGGAGGAGAAAGAGGAAGAGGAAGAGGAGGCAGCACCAGCACCAGCAAAAGCGUCGAUGAGAAAGAAGGCUCUGAACUCUCCCACCAGUCUGCAGUCCCUCAGGCGGAGGGCCCGGGUCAGAGGCCCCAUGGAGGUCAAGGAGGAGUUGCACCAUCUGCAGAACAGGUGGGUUCUGUGGUUCUUCAAGAAUGACCGCGGCCGGGCCUGGCGUGACAACCUGCAGCAGAUCACCAAGUUUGACACAGUGGAGGACUUCUGGGCGCUAUACAGUCACAUCAAGCUGGCCAGUAAGCUCUCUGCAGGCUGUGACUACGCCCUGUUCAAGGACGGUAUCGAGCCCACGUGGGAAGACGCCAGGAAUAAGCGGGGGGGCCGCUGGCUGAUCAGCCUCGCCAAGGAGCGGCGCCACAUCGAUCUGGACCGCCUGUGGCUGGAGACCCUGUUGUGUCUCAUUGGGGAGAGCUUUGAGGAGUUCGGCCAGGAGGUGUGUGGGGCCGUUGUCAACAUCCGGUCCAAGAAAGACAAGAUUUCGGUGUGGACUCAAGAGGCAGAGAACCAGAAGGCUGUGCUCCACAUUGGGCGUGUCUACAAAGAGCGUCUGGGACUCUCGACAAAGACCAUCAUUGGGUACCAGACCCAUGCAGACACAGCUACCAAGAGCAACACCGUGGCCAAGAGCAAGCCCCUGGCCAAGAACAAGACCCCAGCUGAGGGCAACACCCUGGCUGAGGACAAGUUUGUGGUGCAAGAGGGCCUGGGCUCUGCUCCCCAUUCGGCACCCCUGAGCCCCUGACCACUGCAUAUGUAGGUGUCCCAGGCAGGCCAGGGGGUGAGGGCCUCGGGCCUGCUCCGAGCCUGGUCUGGAGUGAACAGGAAUGUUCUUUAACAUGCGUUGGGGCCCAGGCCUAGGUGCCGUUCUGUUGGGGGUGGGGUGUGCUCACACAUGUGUGUGUGUGUAUGUGUGUGUAUAUGUGUGUUUGGCGGGGGAUGCAGGCUGAGGACCCAGGGCAGUAGAAAGGUGGAGGGAACCCCUGGGUUUCCUUGUUCACCCAGGGGUGGGUGGGGUGGGUCACUGGGUGAAGGAGGGUUCAAAGACAAACAGGUAGAAAGAUGACAGGGCAAAGCCUAUGAUCCCGUACUUAUUCUGUGCCUACCUGGGGCGUGAGAAGGGGGCUAGCUCAGGAGCCUGAGGGCUAAACCCUCUAUUCUAGGGGAAGGGGGCUCAAGGCCACUGCCACUCUGAGAGCUGGAGUUCAGGGACAGGAGCAGGGGCCUCUCCUCUUGGUGAUCACUCUGCUGGAAAACCUUUGUGGAUUGCCUCUUGGACCCUACCUUCCUGGAGUAGGGCUGUGCCCCUCUCCCCACCCCCAAAUCCAGAGGCUAGAGGCUUAGAGGCAAAACAACAUCAUCUUACAGAGCAGGGAUAUGAGGGGAGCUGAGGAGGGAGACAGCACCUGUGGUCUCUCCCUCCUCUCAGCUGUGGCCCUGGCUGUCUGGGCUUCCUGGCCUCAGGGCGGGGCUUAAGGGUUUAAGUGGAGGUCAGUGGAUGAGGCCCUACCCAGGAGGGUAGAAAGCAGUUGGGCCUCAACUCGGUCCUGCUAGACGCAGAUUAACUUGAUGAAACUCGAACAAGACACUUACUCUUUCUGUUCUAAAUAAAUACUCUUUUGAACAAAA